UUUCCCCGCUCCUGCAGGGGCGACUUACCCAAUCCACGUCUCUGGUCUCUUCCUAAGCUGUGGAGGGCGCGACCACCGAGUUCCGCACAACUCGGCAUCAGCAGCGAUGCAACUUCAAAAAGUCGCGGGGCAACGCGGGAACGCCACCCAAGCCGACCUGCAGUAGCCAAGCUCAUGCAGUGAACCGCGGCCUGUACCAGAGAGGAAAAGAGGAAGGGAGGGAGGGAGGGAGAACGAGAGAGAGAGAGAGAGAGAAAAACAAAAAGCAGAGCGCACAAAGCUCUGGUUUUCAUGGCCUACACCGCAAGUGAACCUCUGUGUUGGUCCGUGGGUGUCUCGAGUUUAUAGCAGCUCUGCGGAGCACUUCGCGGAGCUCUAUGGCAGCUCUGGCCGUCGGCCGGGGACAGACGGAGCCCGAGGGAAGCACCUAGCAGAAGGGAAAAACAACGACGUCGCUAACUGAUAACGCGUCCCCAUUUGAGGCUACUCGGAGCAUCGACUCUUAAAACAGAUGUCUCACCACCUACGCGGGCUACAGCUUACGAAAUGGGCGCGGCGACGCGGCCUCGCGCUGCUGUAGGAAGAAUUGGCAGAGCGCGCGACAGUCUGACCAAAUGGCUGAUGCCGAAACCUUGGGAAUGGCAUGCGAAAUUGCGGGCGGCUGCGCACACCGCGACGUGGGGGGCACAGAUACGCCGACGCGCGGAGCGGGCCAGAAAAUGAGAAUUUCAUGGGCGCCGUCGGGGACUUCGCAUAUCUGAUGCCUGGUAAUUAACUGUGGCCCUUACCGCUGCUCAUCCGCCCACCUCUCCGUGAACGAGCGCAGGCUGGACUGGAUGUGUUCGGCCACGCUGCCACCAGAGGCAAUGGUGAUCAAGUCCUUCAGCAUCUCGUGAUUGCCCAGGAGGUCGACGUGGUCGCCAGAGGCGGCUCCGCCCCGGAACGUCUCGGCCACGCCCGACUGCAUCGCCUUCCGGCUGAACAGCCGCGAGCCCUCGGACCUGUCGGCGUACUCCUUCACCGUGCACGGGGUCCUGCCGGGGUUCCUGCGGUCGUCCUUCCACCCCUUCUGGCACAUCGCGCCCAGCGUCAGGACCGGGCAGGAGUAGUCCCCGUCGCCGAAGAAGAACCCCGAGUCCUUCGUGGCGCUGACGUUGAUGGAGUACUCCGCCCCGUUCGCUCCGGGCGACGCCUCUCCCUCCAGCACGCCCGCCACGUCGGUCUGCACGCCCACCCCGUAGAAGGCGUACUUCUGCAUCUGCGGCGCAAACGGCAGGGGCACGGCCAGGGGGUUCGCCCAGACGUGCUCCGGCGGCUCCACCUGCGCGAGCAUGGCGUCCGCCUCCGCGGGCCGGUCCCGGCGCACGCCGUCCAGCAGCCACGAGGAGAUGCGGCGGAGGUCCGCAGGCACAGAGCCGUUGCUGGCCACGAGGUCGUAGGCCUCCUCCACCGACAGGUUGCGCUCCCCCAGCUGCACCAUCGCACGGCCCAUCACGCGGCUGCCCCACAGCCUGUCGCCGCCGAUGGGCAUGAUGAGCGCCAGGGAGGAGCACGUUCGCCAGAGCGUCCGCCGGGUCGCCUGCCCGAAGAAGUGGGUGACCACGGCCGACAUGGAGCCCAUGGAUCGCGAAGUCGCGGUUGUCCCCGGUGAGCAGGGAGAAGUACGCCUUCGGGAGCCCGAGCAUUGGCGACGAGAUGAGGACCUCGGCGGCGAUGUGGUCAUUGACCCAGUUCCUGUGGACGCGGUGGGUGACCCACUGCAUGAAGUCCGCCACCACGUUGCCGCCCAUCGAGUGGGCCACCACGACCGCCUUUCGCCCCCUGGAUGAGACUAGCAGCUCUACGCUCUGCCGCAGCCGAGUAAAGUACCUGUCGCGCUUCUCGAGGUCGCCGAAGCCCAGGCGCCAGUCGUAGGAAGCCAUGUGCAUCGUGUUCGUGUCGUAGCCAACGUCGGCGAGGGCCUCGAUCAGCAGGCCCCACACCCAGAAGCCGCCGAUGAAGUAGUCGGAGCUCUCGAAGCCCUGGGCCGCGCGCACACGGAUGCUCCUGUUGGAGUUUGGCAUCUGCACCGGGUCCAGGCCCGUCGUCGCAUUCAGGGCGAGGUGUCGCGCCCAGCAGUCGGGAUCCCUCAUCAUGGACUGGAACAUCGUGGCGGUCCCCCAGAUGCGCUGGCGAAAGUACGACUUCAUACACGACUCCCCAUCCCAGACCUCAAGCCCAGUAGUAAUGAUGCCUGGGAUCAUCACAACUGGGGAGCCCACGCCGAAGCCCUCGUUGGCCAUCCGCAUGCCCACGCGCUCGCCCUGGCCGAGCACCUCGUCCACGGAGGGCACGUUCCAGGUCCUCAGCAGCUCCUGGAUGCCGAACUUCCGGUGGGGCAGCUGCUCCAGGAUGCUGGACGUGGCGUUCGUGAUCCUGCCCGCCUGCGCGUCCAGGACAUCCUUCAGCCGCGCGGUCGUAUUGAGCAGUCCCUGCAUUGACUGCGCCGACAUAACCUCGUCCAGAGCGCGCAUAUGGCCUCGCUCGCCAGGCGAGCCUGCUCCCGCAUGGGCUCCGGCACCCGGUGCGGCUGGAGCCACCCCACGCCGCAGGAGGCCGCGACCCCGAGGCCGAACACGGCGGGGAGCCGCAGCGGCUGGAACGCCACGAGGGCCACCCGGCACCUGACGAGCGCCCAGCGCCGAGCCCGGAGCAGGCGCGUGCGGCACCGCGGCCUCUUCGCCGCGGGCCCGUCGGCCUCCUCGGGCUCCGAGGGGGCCCCGGUGCGGGCCUCGGGCUGCAUCCGACGCCGAUGGUCCGAGCAUCGCUCCCGCAGCUGCAUCUGCGACCCUUCCAUGCGCCGAACGGCGCUCUCAGCACUGCACUGAGAAAACGAAGCCUGAGCCAGGCCAACGGGCUCCCGUCUGUC